UUUUAUUCAUCAAUGGCUUUACCGCGUCCACAACAGAUUGCCUUCACUCCAGGUGAAAUUGAAUACAUUGCAGGCAAUGAAAAAAUAAAGAUUAUUCCAAAUGUGCGCUUUCCAGAUAUAUCACUUAUUCAGGGAGACAUUCGAAAGUUUCGGCCACCAUUAUCUGUUGAAGUACCAUUAUGGAUAGCACUCAUAUUAAAAGCCGAACACAAAUGUAAUAUCAUAUGUCCUGAUUGGCUUACUGUUGAUCACUUGAAAAAGAGACAAGAAGAAGAAGAAAAAGAAGAAGAGUUUAGUCGACUACCGUUUCAUUAUAUGGAAAUAUCUCAACUCUUGAUCGAAACAGCCCCUGACGACGUACCAAAUGUAGAACAGAUACGAACCAUUCUAAAAAAUAUUAGAGAAACACGGCAAGUGAAGGCAAGAAUAGGUUUAGAAUAUCUUGAUGAUAAAUGGCUUGGAAUGAGUCGUUUAUCAUUGAUGGAGAUCAAUCAGAUCAAACCCUUCUUUUCUAAAGCAUUUGAAGAAAUGAGACGAUUGAAUGUAAAAGAAAAUAACCCAGGACAUUAAUGUAUAUAUAGAAGAUACCAUUUUAAAUAAAACGUGGCAGAAUAGAAAAGGGUUGAAUAGGUGCUGUUGACUCUAACUCUAGUGCAUAAAACAAGCAUGCUUUUGUACGUUCUAAUCUAUCUGUAUUUUUACAGAUUUCACCCAAGAGAAACCUAGAAUAGUGUUAAUGUGUUUAACAUAAAAACCAAUCUCAACUUACC